ACAUCGUAAUCUGGUGCGCACUAAAUUUUAACAACAUUGUAAUUAUAUAAUAACAAAAUUACAAUACUAUUUCUUUGUCUACUGACAAUCACUAUUAUAUAAUACAUGCAUGGCAGUUACGCAAAACAUGAUGCCAUUAAGAGACGAACUUAUUCAUAUACCUGCGUAUACAUUCGCUUCAAUUAGCACCCGCUAAUGCUGACAUGUAUGCAGGUAUAAAUUUCGUAUUCCGUUUAUCGCUUUUGGAGAACGAAAUUGGUAAGGUCUUAUGCUGCGUUUGGGAAGUUAUACUCAGAAAUUGAAUCACGCAGUCAAAGGCGUAUGAGGUGCAUGCGCGUGUUUUAGGUAGUGCGUGCAAUGUUUGCGGCCUGCGUAUGGCACCUGUACAUGCUGUAUCUAUCACCGCGUUCGAAAUCAGAUAUCUUAAGUGGAACGUUUACGUUGCAUGAACACCUGACUGGAGAGUUCGCACAAUGAAUGCACUAAGCCUUGCUUGUCCUCCGUGCUUAGCACUUCAAAUGCGUGGACGCUAUAGUCGAGACACGAGUCCGUUGUGUCGCCGGCUAUUCGUUCUCUGGAUCAGAACUGCUAUCAUAACGCGAUCUUGCAAACUGUUGUGAACUACACCCCGUGGCAUAUAUUCGGUGUAUAGCGUAAUAUGAAGUCGUCAGUAGCUUCCAUGGCAGGAAAGGUAUUGUCCCGCAAGAGAAGUCAGUUGGAAACUCAGUGCAAGGAGAAUAAGUGUAGGCUGCCUGUUCGAACAAGUGAUAGCGCAUCCGGUAAACACUGGGCGCUACUUCGGCAGAACGUAACAACCCAAUUAACUAACGUGCAAAAGAAUAUCGUCGUGAGUUACGGACUAGCCGAGUACUAUGCUCUUGCUGGCGAGGUGUUCGGUGGCGGAGUCCGCGCCGAUAAAGUUCUCGUCGCUCUGCGUGACUUCGAUGCGCGGGUGAAGAGAAUUCUGCAGUGCGCAAAUUCUAGCCGAUCCACAACAAGCAAAGGCAAAAGACGGACCAGUUCCCUCAGGCUGGGACGAGCUAGUGAGCUGUCAGCGGUACUAGCUGACGAUGUGAAGUGUUUUGCUGGCCAAAUCAUGUUGCUGCCUAUCUCAUUGGCAAUUUACACUGGCGCCAAGGCCAAAGAUUGCAGAAUGGUGAUCGAGUACGGCGGUAAGAACACAACAAUUGAUGGAAGUCAAUUUAAUGGCAAAUGCUCGAAGAUCCCGCUUGAUGUCCACCCUACUUGCAUUCCGAAAAUCACAUUAAUACAUCGCAAAAAAAUUAUGGGCCUUUUUCUCAAAGAAGAACCGCAGGGCGAAGUGCAGUGGAUGCUUACUCACGCCCGACCACUCGAGUUUGGCCAUAUGAUGGUUGAUCUUAGUUUCAUCCAAUCCAGCUAUUGUAACGGAUGCUGUCCCACAGCCCAUGCUGUUGUGCAGCUCGAGUGGUUUCCUAAAGUUUGCGUGCCUCUGACAGCAAACAGUUUCUGACUGAAGGUACGCCGCUGGACAGGUCUCGGUAUUCCAUUAAUUGAACCGAGCGGCCUUCAUCGAGCGUCACUAAACUUCCGAAAAAGCUCUGUCCAAAGUGGUUACUUUAAGUUACGAUUCCAAAGUCAUCCUGCAGCCAUUAUUAAUAUAUUACUUGAAAAUAUUUUAUUCAUAAAAUCUAGUAAGUACAGUCGGCGUUGCCUAUAUAUAUGGAGUACGGUUGAUGCUCCUACAUGAAACGUUGAAUUCUCAGCUUCUUUUCAUUGAAUCUAUAACGUUUGCAAGUUGAAAUGUUUUUUUUUUAUUUAACUAUUCGAAAACCUUAAAAAAUCAUAGACUUAAUAACUAGGAUUAGAUUAAAGUAACAUUGUACGCUUUAUUGAUCGAAAAAAUUGAUUGGAGUUCGGUAUCUAAGUCAUUUGUGUCGCUUACCAUAAAAAUGUGGCAUUGGAUUGCGUAUAUUUCAUAUCUUUUGUAGCGCUUUGAAUCUAAGCUCACACGCAAACAAAAUAUGAGAUAUAUAAUGAGCAAGAACUAGGAAAAAUAAUGAGGAAAUGUGUGAGCGGGACAAAUUGCUAUUUAAAUGAAUAAAUUAGUGUGGCUAAUUGUGUAGCCUCUUAGUUACAUUCAAUAUGUACAGCUUAUGUGUCCAACUAUUUAUAUGCAAAUUGUUUAUAAUAUAUAUAUAUAUAUAUAUUAUAUAUAUGAGUAGUUCAAUGGCGACUACCAAGUACUUCAUAGGAAAAUUCAGUGCCAGAGUGAUACCAUUUACUUCAUUUUAGUGGUAUAUUCGUAGCGUUUCAUAACGAUGCAUACGCAUAAUACAUACUAACCAGAAAGUGUACAACCAGAAUUGUAGACGCAUCGACAAAGGAAAUGCAACGAGACAUGUAACGUAUUUUCAUGUCAAUAUGUAACGCCCAUCGAAAUAAACUGCUUUCUGUAAGCACCGUGAAAUGAUUGAAGGAGAUAGAACGCCGUUAAUUUGUGCAUAAGACAUAUAGCAUACAUCUUUAAGGUGAACUGCAGAAGCAAUACUGCUCAUCAUUUCGCAUUCCUUGUUAUUCGCAGGUUUAACCGAAAAUAGUGUUUCUAUAUAAAACGCUUGGCUCGAAUGUCUAGAUUUCUGCAUGUACGCAUAAUGUGUACGGUGAAAAAGCACUGA